GUAGACCACUGGUUCCCAAACUGGGGGGCGCGCCCCCCUUGGGGGGCGUGUACACAUUGCUGGGGAGGCGCAAGCAGUUUUUACGAAAGACAAUUUUUAUUGAUUACAUUUUUUUUAUUUUAAAACGUAGAGAAAUAAAAUUAGUAGACUGGUUCUCUUUAUCGGUUCUCGGGUAUCAAUAAUGGAUAACCGAUAAUAACUAUAAAUAGUUUUAUGCUACGUUAUCUGUAAAUUAAUCGGAACGAUAAAAGGAUGUUAGGGAAAAGCUAUUAGAUUAGUUUAAACUCGAUUUAGUUUCGUUUUGCAGUCGCAUACUGCACGUAGUAUCGUAGUACGUAGUCGUCGCGAGUGUACAUACGUAAAAAUAAUGGCUCCACAGAAAAUAAGAUUGUAUAACGACGAUUAUAUAAAGUUUGGUUUCACGUUCAUUCAAAAGGAUGGUAUCCAAAUGCCACAGUGUGUUAUUUGUCACGUUGUGUUAAGUAACGAUGCUCUCCGACCAAGUCGACUAGAACGACAUUUAACCACAGCUCAUCCGAUGCUAAAAGAAAAACCUAAAGAGUUUUUUGUUGCUAAAAAAAAUUCUUUAAAUAAAAUUAAACUUGACAGAACCGGAGAAUUUCAACAGAAUAAUGAAAAAAUUAUUGAAGCUUCAUAUCACAUCGCCUUUAUGGUGGCUCAGCAAAAGAAACCACAUACAUUGGGUGAAACAUUAAUUAAGCCUAGCAUACUUAAAGCCGUUGAAAUAGUACUUGGUGAAGAAAGUAAAAGGAAAGUUUCUCAAAUAUCUCUUUCAGACAAUACAAUCAAACGACGCAUUGAUGAAUUAGCUUUGGACAUACAAAAUCAGUUGAUUCAUAAAUUAAAAAAUUCCGUAUUCUUUGCAAUUCAGUGUGAUGAAUCAACUGAUGUGGCCAAUUGUUGUCAGCUAUUAGUUUACUGCCGUUUUAUAAAUGAAAAGACUAUUGCAGAAGAGCUUAUGUUUUCCCAGGCCUUAAGUUCUACCUCAAAAGGCAGUGACGUUUUGUCUGCCAUCGAUAUAUUUUUUGAUCAGAAUGGCCUCUCAUGGAAAAAUGUUGUAGGUGUAUGUACAGACGGUGCCCCUGCUAUGCUAGGAUCACGAUCGGGUUUUGUGAAGCUUGCAAAAGAUAAAAAUCCAUCAAUAAUUGGUUCUCAUUGUGUAAUACACCGCCAAGCCUUAGCUGCAAAAACGCUGCCAUUUGAAAUUAAAAAUGUACUAGAAGUAUGUAUAAAAAUUGUUAAUACCAUCAAAAGUAGUGCUCUUAAUUCACGUCUUUUUAAGAUUCUUUGUUCUGAGCUAUCAGCCCAACAUUCUGUUUUAUUAUUCCAUACCGAGGUUCGUUGGUUAUCCAAAGGAAAUAUGCUUGAGCGUUUGUACGAAUUAAAGUCUGAAGUCGAAAUAAUGCUUUUACAAUUAGGAAAAGACGAUCUUCGGGAAAAUUUUACUGAUGAAAAUUUCACAUUCUACUUCGCAUAUCUAGCAGAUUUUUUUGAGACUAUUAAUAACCUAAAUCUCAAAUUACAAGGGAGGAAUAUAAACGUAAUAAUCGCGAACGAUACUAUCAACUCAUUUCUAGAAAAGAUACAACUGUGGAAACGCCGAGUAAACAAAGAGACUCCUAAUUUUUCGUCUUUCCGUCGACUGAACGAACUUCUCUCUGAUGAAGAAGAACCAUUUUGUCCUACUGGAUUGAAAGAUAUAGUGAUUAAACAUCUCGACAGUUUGACUGAUGAAUUCACUCGAUAUUUUCCAAAUUUUUCGAACAAAAGUUGGCAAUAUAUGUUAACAAGUUCUCCAUUCAGUACUAACGUAGACACAUUGCCAGAUAUAAUUCAAGAACAGGCAAUCGAGCUGAAGAACGAUUCACGGGCGAAAAUUGAUUUUAACAGUGGUAGCUCUUUGGAAGAAUUUUGGGUAAAAUACCAACCUAUUUAUCCUGAAAUUUCAAAUGAAGCUUUAAAAGUCCUUGUACAAUUUUCAUCUACAUAUUUGUGCGAAUCUGGGUUCUCCAGCAUGGCAGUUAUAAAAAACAAACAUAGAAAUCGUUUAGAUGUCGCAUCUGACUUAAGGUGUUCAUUAUCAAAUAUUGAGCAGAACAUAAAAAAACUGUCCAAGGAAAAGUGUUGUCAGCAUUAACAUUAUUUAUUAAUUUCAUUAUGUAUUUUUUUAUUUACCAUUAUUAUUAUUAUUAUUAUUAUUAUUAUUAUUAACAUCUAAUUUCAUUAUGUAUUUUUUUAUUUACCAUUAUUAUUAUUAUUAUUAACAUCAAUAAAAAAGUAGUCAUUCUGAAUAAUUUAAAGUUUAUUUUUAAAGAACACAAAAAAAUAUGAUCAAUUUUUUUUCAAUUUAAAAAAGGGGGGGCGCGAGAUUUUUGAAAAUAUAUAAAGGGGGCGUAGAAUAGAAUAGCUUG